UGUUUUGGCUCAGGCAGAAAGGUUCGGUGUGUUGCUCGCCAUGUCUCACUGCGUUGAUUUUAACGCUUUGGAGCCUUGCCGGCCCCGUUGAUGGGAACAAGCAUGCAAACACAUGCAGAGUCUGGCGGAAAGGCAAAAGCAGCUUCCCCAGACGCCCCAGGCGCGGAGAACCAAACGUUUGAGCCUGAGGCUCCCACGGAACGCACGGCUACGCGAGAGCCGCAGUCCCAGCCGCAGCCUGCGCAGCAAGAGCCAGUGCAGAAAGCAGAGGGACAACAAGCAACAGGAGAGCAGGAGGCAGGGGAUCAGCAACAACAAGGACAGCCACCGCAAGGGCAGCAGAACCAGCAGGAGGAGGCAGAGCAAAAGUCGCGGAAGAAUGAUGACAACUUGCCUUUGCCCACUUGCCACUAUGAAGCCUUGGGCGUGCAGGCCACAGCAACAGAAAGCGAAAUCAAAAAGGAAUACUAUAAGUUGUGCAGACGCGUUCAUCCGGACAAGAAUGGUGGAGAUCCGAACGCCACUGCGCGAUUCCAACGUAUCUUGGAGGCGUAUCAGAUACUAUCUACGAAAGACAAACGUGCGGAGUACGAUGCCCGGAUCUUUGUCAAGAAGGUAUUCCAAAGACUAGGCCUGGCCGUCGAUGAGAGGGUGGUUACAUUUGUCCAACGCUGCUACUGCGUGGAGAAGGUCCAGGUAAUUGAAAAGCAGGUGGAUCGACGCUUGGUUGAGCGGCUGACCGCAAAUACGCCGUAUUUGCGGCAAAUGAGCGGCGCCGACUUCUACACGAUACACAGCGCCACAAUCGCCUCAGCUGUCGUUCUCAUCGCCGGCCUCCCAGGGUGCGUGGAGAAAGGGAUUGGACUUUUGUCCAACUUUGUCAAGGAGGCAACAGGACAGCAGGCGCCUGCUGAUGGGCUGAUUCUCAUUGUGCCGCGGGAUGCUACAAAUCGCAUCCCUCAAAUGGCGCAAGUCUUUGCAACAUUGAAUUGGCAAUAUGGAGCACAGUUGGUCCACGCUGAUUUGGAUCGCAUUGUCAUUCGGGGUGCGCGCUUGCCAGCUGUAGUUGUUCAUCUUCAGCAGUAUUUUGAUUUUCGCGCACGUGUCCUUUUCCCAACUGGACAUGAGCUCGAUGCAUGGCAGUACGCUCAUUAUUGCGAGCAGAACAACAUUUCUGGAGGCUUGCUCCCCCAGGCAGAACCAGAGGCGGCAACAGUUCGAAAAUUGUUCUUCUACGUUCUUCAGAUGCCGCCCUCCACACCAAUCGCGCUAGUUUCUCUUGCGGUGAAAGCUCUUACAACCGUGCCUCGGCUUACCACUGCAAUAGUGCGUGCGGCAUCAUCGGUGCCCGUUCAUUCCGAGUUCAGCUCACUGAGCCCCAAAGCAAGUGCGCCGGUGAUAUGUGCUUUUCACAGAUUGCUCACCACCUCACAACUUUCCUCAUCGGUACAUCCACGAUUUGCGAGCUUGCCUCAACUGAAAAGUCUUCAGGCGAUCGGCCCCUUCCUGGAGGAUGCGAAGGAAAGCUUGCUAAUCCGAUCUAGGGGAUAUGUCGCCGCAAAAGAGGCUGUUCCGGAUGACGAUCAGUGGCAUGGCUGGGAAGACAUUUUGCGCCCUGAUGGCAGUCUUGCUUUGUUCUGGAAAGACCUUCGAAAGAAGAUCCAAGAAAGGAGCAAGACGAGCAAAACAUUCGAGCCACCACCUGCAGAGUGGCACACGGUGCCUGAGAUCGUGAGCAUGGUUCUGGAGAAAUGUACGGGACCAGGCCUGGAAGUAGAUCCAAAGAAAGGGCUGCGCAGGAAGAAGCUGGAGACACCUCGAGCCACCAGCGCGGCAAGCCCUCCUCCGCCAAGAAACGUGGAGGUAGCUGAGGCCGCUGAGGUGAGUAAGGAAGAAGAGGAGGAGACACUCAUAGAGCAUGCUGAAGAUGUGAUUCUAGAGCUGAGCAAGGAACGUGACCCGGCAGCAUACCAGGAGCUCGGGAUGGUGACCUUGCAAACGCAGAAGCGGUAUACAGAGCCCUCGAACCGUUUGUCCAAGAAAUGGUACGAGCAGCACAAGGCCUCGUUUGAUGUCAAAAAGGUAGGAGCAAGUGAAACCAGAGUAAGGCUAUGUCAGACUGCGCAGAAACGCGCAGAGAUGAGGGCUACAGAACGUCAGAAUGAGGGAAAGCGACGUUGGGAGCUGAACACGUUGGGUGUCGUUUUGCCCAAGCUUGCGCCGGAUAGCUUGCCGCGUAUGCUGUGCGAGCGCGAGUUGGCUGGGCUGUUGGUCCUCAUGGGAGAGAGGUCCUUUCCUCCAGGCUUGGCCUCUAGCGUGUUAAGGCGCCUAUGCCGAAGGAGCGACGGCACGGCCAAGUCGGAGCAGUUUCUGUCAGCCAUUGCACCGUUCAGCAGUGCGCAGCUCAUGCGCUCAAUCGUAGCAUGUGAGAGAAUGCAGCAGGAGCCAAAGGAGCAAUGGGAUCAAGAGUCGCUGACAGUGAUGAUGACCGCUGCAGCUCGAGACAUGCAUGAUCAGCCGAGUCGCUUUUGUGCUCCGCUGCAAAGCGUCAAGAGCUGCGUCCUGGCCAGUGGUCACAAGCCCUUUGUUGACUUGUUCAGGCAGAGGACUUCGGAUCAGGAAAAGGCACUUCCGACCUCGGCUGCAUUGCGCUUGAAGAUGGAGCUGGUACAGGAUGGCACGUGCGUGCUGCCGGGGUACAGCAGCUUCAGGUAUUUUGGUGAGCUUUGUGGUGCUUUAGCAACCCUGUAUGUGCAGGUGCGGAACUCCUUGUGCCAAAGUUAUUGCGAAGAAGUGCUUUCGGCCUUUGACAAGGUUGCUGGUUGCUGCAGGGAUUGGGGCAAUGGGGCUCCUGCGCACCAUCGAGGACUCCAGCGCUUGGCAUACUCAUUCGCAGUGUUGGGUGAUGUUGCCACGGACAAGUUUGCAACGGCUUGCAAACUUGGCUUGGAGGGUAUUGGAAGAGUCCUUUUAUCCUGCGAGAUGACGGAAGAAUCUGGAUGGAACACCGAGGAUCUAGCAGUUCUUGCAGUGGCCUUCAAGAAGUGCCCGGAUGAGAAAAUCUAUGGCAAGCUUGCGGCCGCAGCAGCAAUGCUGGCAAACGCCAAAACUGCGGCGCUGCCAAGGGAGCACGUUGCGAAAUUACUUGGAGGUUUUCAUCAAGCGGGUUAUGUGCAGAAGCUGGACAAUUUCUUGAAGCCUUUGCAAGAGGUGGCGUGGUUCAAGAAGAACGUAUCCGAUGCGCAAGACAAGGAGCUGCCUGGGCUACUAGCAGGCCUUUGCCGAGCGCAAGAUGCAGACGGCCUAGCAGCCCUUGACCAGAUCCUGCAGAAGGACAACAGCAAAGAUAUUGCCUUGAACACCCUCAUUUCCAUGCUCAAGGGGCUCUCCGGCAUCUCCGGCCUGAAGGUCGCCGGGCUCAGAAGCACUCUUCUGAAAACCGCCGUCGCUGCGACAAACAGAAGCAAACAUCCAGCCACUGACGACGUGGAGAUGCUGGUGCAAGCCUGCGCGGAGGAUGCAGUAGCUUUGCGCAUGCUUAAGGAACUUAUUUGCAACCGACGCCGGCUCGAGAACAUCCCCAAGCCCGACGUAGGAUGGAAGGAUCUCGCCACGUGCUUCAAGAGCAUUCUUGGCCCCUUCGCCCGCGCCAAGCAGCGGGUCCAGCGUUUGGAAGCUGCGUGCGGCGCACGGAUGAUGCAAGCUUUGGACCAAACCAGCGCAUCACAUUCUGGAGACGACCUGUUGACCGCAGCGUCCCAGUUUUCCGAAGAUGCUUUAGCAUUGAUGCCAACGCUUGUGGAGAAGAUUGCGCUGGUGCUUGGGAAAGCUGCGCCUGCAAAGAGGCCUAGUGAAGAUUUGACCACCCUAAUCCAGCUGCUGGUGAAGGCCUUGCAGGCCCAGCCAGAGCUGGGCGAUGAGCUAGACACGUGGAUCGAGCAGAUUGAGGCCUUGCUGUUGGAGGGUCCAGCAGAGCGUCGCUUGGACCAUGUGCAGAUGCAGCUGAUGGGCAAGGAGCACAAGAAGCUACGGGAAGAAUUGACGGAUGCGCUCGGGUCGAGUUGGCUCUCGAUCGUUCUAGUCAGGAGCCGCCGCAUGGCCUGGUCCGGUGGCCAAAGUAUCCGCCUUGAAGCACCCAGGCCAAAGGCAGCCCUUCGCACUCCAGAGCUUGGCGCUCUGGUUCCAGAGGCCCUCAAGCUGCAGCCAGAACCCCCUCUCAAGUCUGGCGCCGCGCGAGGUGCACACCGAUCACGCUCCCGCGAGGGAGCCCGAAAGGCAGAGCAAAAGGCUUCAAACGCAAGCCCUCACGAGACGAAACCGAAAGCGGCAUCCAAGCCAGCUUUUAAGCCCGCGACUGCUGCAACGGCUGCACCUGCCCCUGAGACGCGGCCCAAGGCAAACGCCAAGGCCGCAGCUUCUCCAGUGUCUCUCAUCGUGAAAGGAGGCACGCAUCAAGGCAUGGCGAGCACCGUCCAGGGCAAGUACCGCAAAGAAGGGUCAAACCACAAGAGGCCAGUUUUCAAGCGAGUUGAGCUAGCCACGGAGCCAGUCUCGGAGAAGGUUUUGAUUUACUAUUGGGAUGACCGGGAUGGUUCGGAUGGCCAAGGGUGGUGGUUUGGAGCGGAGGUGGGAGGCCAGAAUGCUUAUCUUUACAAUGCAGCUGACGGCCCUCUACCGCCACCGACUGGAUGGUUAAUUCUCUCGACCGACGAGGUGGAUCCCGAGCUGCAAGUCUCUGUGACUACGCGCCGCCCACCUGGCGCUGCUCCAAAGGGCAAAGCCAAGACGGACCUUGAUGCUGGCCCUGGACCGCUCUCAAGCGCACCCUUGGCGUUUGGUGAGCCAAAGGAGCCUCUGGAAGCCACGGCUGCGUCAAAGCCGGGAUCAAGGGAGUCCCCCGACGUUCCGCCUGCAACUUCGGCGCCUGCGCCCCUCACACCUCCUGCGCCGUGUGCGCCUGCGGUCCCUGUGGAUCCCUCAGCCGAGCCGGAGUCAAAGCGGGCAAGGACAGAUGGGCCGGACGGGCGGCAAGGGGAGCUUUGGAAGUGGCUCCAAGAACUGGACUGCGGCAAAGGCCAAAUGUUGCGGUACUUUGACGUUUUAGCACAAGAGUUCGAUGCGGACUUGCGGCAAAUUGCUGCUGCAAAAGUGGAUCGCGACCCCAGGGAAGGCUUGUUGAACACGGUGGAGCCAUCUUUCUGGGAAGCGGUGCAAGUCGAGAAAGCUGGCCACAAGAUGCUUUUUGCCCGAGGGAUUGCAGCAUUGCAAUGAGCGGCUGGGUUGGAAUGGUGUGGCUUGACUGCAUGUGCAAUGAUUGACGCUGCCCUAGCACUGCCAACAAUUGUGAGUCAAUGCUGCAAGCGUCUAGGAACACAAGAUGCACCUUGCACGAGCUCGUGCAAGAAGCCAGUAGAAUCAAGCUUAUUUCCUGGCACAAUGACCUUGUUUCAGGUGCCAAGGCGAAGCCUUGUGAGCAGUUUGCAACUGGCGAUUUGCCACACAGGUGCAUGUUUGAAUUGCCGGCAUUGGAGCUAGGGGCACUGAGAGUGCCCGAGUGGCUUGUCAAUGCCCGCCGGCUUCUCAGCCAUUUCCAUGCGCAGCCGAUGCG